CGCGGGACAUAUAUUGCAAGUUAAACAAGGCUGUUGACUUCAAUAGUGUUGCGAUACCAAAAAGCGAUAUUGUUUAGUCAAAACAACAUUGUGUGGUUGACGAGGAUGCGAGCUCAACAAUGUUGCGAGAUCAACAAUGCUGCGAAUUACGACUUUGUGUGGUCAACGACGCCGAGAGAUCAACAAUCUAGCGUCGAGUAUGCGGUGGUGAGGGGUAAAACAACAAUGUUGUUUUAAUCGAUGGCGUUGUUGUGAUUCGAACUGUGGUACAAAGUUUAUGUGUGUGCACAUGACUUUUACGCAAGGAAGAUUGGAGAACGGAUGUGAAGCAGUUGAAGACUACAACUUCGUGUAGAAAGGAUGGAGCAUGUGGGAGACAAAGGUGAGGCGGGUUCACACCGUGAAGACUACGAAAGUGAUUUUGAUAAAAGCACAGGAGCAAGGAGAGAGAAAAGUAGGACAAUCAAAAAUCAACAUAGAAACACAUCUGUCAAAAUUUUCUUUUCUCUGUAACUCCCUUGCGGAGCUCCUUCUAGAAAGGAUCUCCAUAGUUGUAGUCGUAGAGUAGUUGCGAAGCUCUCCACAGGAAUCUCCCUAGGAGUAGUGUUAACAUAGAUUCCCCAAAAACUCAAACACCCUUUUUCGAACAUUGUUUGGAGUGGUGUGAACUGUAAUAACGAUCGUGUUGGUUAGAAUUCAUUGGUGUAUCAAUUCAAUCAAAUCAACACCGUCGUUUGGCAUGGCGACGAUGAUAUUUGAUUUCACGUGGAACACAACUCCUUGUUCGCAUUAACCCCAACCUAGCCAGCAGCUAGAGACUACUACUUCAUAAAGGUGGCCCAAGUUUGCCUAGACUCAAGCAUCUAAGAUCACAAAUAUCCAAUUUCCCUUCAACUUUUGGAAAAUUGAUAUGGGUCUAAGCAAUCGUAGCUUUUAACCUUCUACCCUCGACCACAUUCCAUAAAAAAUACUACACAUUUUCUCAAUAAAUAACAUAUAUAAUUGGGUGUAUCAUAAAUACUAACAUCCAAAAUGCGUGUCUAAUGUGGAUACCAAUCAUUCAAUAAUAUAAAUAAAUCAUCAGCAAAGUGGAGUUAGCCAUGUGUUCUUACAUAUUAUCUUUGACAUACUACAAGUGAGUGUAAAAGAAGUAUGAGUCUAACCAAACAUUCAAAUCUGUAAUCUAUAGGUUAAAAAAAUACAAUAUUGAUAAAUCAAAUCUUCAUUUUCUACUUUCUUAUAUACUAAAUCAUAAAGAAGAUGUGAUAAAUCUCUAAAAUUAUCUAAUGAAAUAAGAGAACCUCCAUUGCUAUUUGCUACCAACAAACAUAAAUUAAAUUUCAUUAUAUGCAUUGAUUAAUUUACACUAUAUCUUUUUUUUAUGAAACUAUAUCCAUUUAUUUGAUCAUCUUUCCAGCUUUGAAUUUUGGAACUAAGAAAAUAAAGAGUGAACAAAAUAGAGAUAUUUUUCUGUUCCAAAACAAAAUUUUAUGAAUGGAGGAGAAUCAGCAGAUAAAAAGGAAUUGGAAAAUAGGAAAACAAAAAACGCGAGGAAAAGAAAAGAGAGAGGUUAGGGUUUUCCUAAAACCCUUUGGUCAGUUGGUGACUGAAGACUGAAGACGCCAAUAGCCUGAAAGUGGCGCGUCUCUGCUGCAUGUGAAACCACACUAAAACCCAUCGCUUUACUUUCUCAUCUCAUCAACAACAGAAUUUACUUCCCUUUCAGAGAUGGCUGGCACGAGAGAGCUAGCCGCAACGGCUACUGAGUUCUUGGGAGGGAUACAAGGGCAAACUCUGUUCUUACACAGAGAUUCAUCCCUCAACAGGCGAAACCAAUUGAUAUUGGGAACCCUCCGCGCCGGGCACAAGUCUAAUGUGGGAAUAUCUGGUAGAAAAGCGAUUUCACUGAGAUGCUCUUCGAAUUCGAAAAAGACAAGAGCUUUGGUUUCCGCGGGAGUGAGCAGUUCCGUUGAUGAACAUCCCAGGUUGGUUGACGAACCAGCACCAGAGAUUAUCCAUUUUUAUCGGGUACCCUUUAUUCAAGAGAGUGCCACUCUUGAAUUGCUCAAGUCAGUUCAAACAAAAGUGUCGAAUGAGAUUGUGGGGUUACAGACCGAGCAGUGUUUUAAUGUUGGGCUCACUUCCCAGCUUUCCAGCGACAAGCUUGGUGUUCUUAGGUGGCUUCUUCAGGAAACGUAUGAGCCCGAGAAUUUGGAUACCCAGAGCUUCCUCGAGAAGAAGAAGAGAGAAGGAUUGAGUACUGUUAUAGUCGAGGUUGGUCCCAGGUUGUCUUUCACCACUGCUUGGUCUGCGAAUGCUGUCUCAGUUUGCAAAGCUUGUGGACUAACUGAGAUCACAAGAAUGGAAAGGUCCAGGAGGUAUUUGUUGUUCACUAAGGGUUCUUUACAUGAUCAUCAAAUCAAUGAGUUUGCUUCCAUGGUUCACGAUCGAAUGACCGAGUGUGUUUAUGUUCAGAGGUUAACUUCUUUCACGACCAGUUUGGUUCCCGAGGAAGUUCGCUUUGUGCCUGUUAUGGAGAGGGGUCGGAAGGCCCUGGAGGAGAUCAAUCAGGAGAUGGGUUUAGCGUUUGAUGAGCAAGAUUUACAGUAUUAUACCAGGCUGUUCAGGGAAGACAUCAAAAGGAACCCUUCGACUGUGGAGUUAUUCGACAUUGCACAGUCUAAUAGUGAGCAUAGCAGACAUUGGUUUUUCACUGGAAAAAUUUUAAUUGAUGGAGAACCUAUGAACAGAACGCUUAUGCAGAUUGUGAAGAGUACUUUACAGGCAAAUCCAAAUAACUCAGUAAUUGGCUUCAAGGACAACUCUAGUGCAAUCAGAGGUUUCCCAGUGAAGCAUUUACGGCCAAUGAAGCCUGGUUUGCCUUGUCCGUUGGAAGCGGCUUCUCGGGAUCUUGAUGUUUUGUUUACAGCCGAGACACAUAAUUUUCCUUGUGCUGUGGCACCUUACCCUGGAGCUGAGACAGGUGCUGGGGGUCGAAUCAGGGAUACCCACGCAACAGGCCGGGGCUCAUUCGUGGUUGCAUCUACAGCUGGCUAUUGUGUCGGAAAUCUAAAUAUAGAGGGAUCAUAUUCACCUUGGGAAGAUCCUUCAUUUGCAUAUCCAUCAAACUUGGCAUCACCCUUGCAGAUUCUUAUUGAUGCUAGCAACGGUGCAUCAGACUAUGGAAACAAAUUUGGGGAACCCUUGAUUCAAGGUUACACUAGAACAUUUGGAAUGAGACUUCCAAGUGGGGAGAGGAGAGAAUGGUUGAAGCCAAUUAUGUUCAGUGCCGGAAUCGGGCAGAUUGACCAUAUCCACAUAACUAAAGGGGACCCUGAUAUUGGAAUGUUAGUGGUAAAGAUUGGAGGUCCUGCUUACCGUAUCGGCAUGGGAGGCGGAGCAGCAUCCAGCAUGGUUAGUGGACAGAAUGAUGCUGAGCUUGAUUUCAAUGCCGUACAACGUGGAGAUGCUGAGAUGGCACAAAAGCUAUAUCGUGUUGUGCGUGCCUGCAUUGAAAUGGGGGACAAGAAUCCUAUUAUUAGCAUCCACGAUCAAGGGGCCGGUGGGAACUGCAAUGUUGUGAAAGAAAUUAUUUAUCCGAAGGGGGCUGAGAUCGAUAUCCGGGCAAUUGUGGUUGGUGAUCACACCAUGUCAGUUCUCGAGAUAUGGGGUGCCGAGUAUCAGGAGCAAGAUGCAAUCUUAAUAAAACCUGAAAGCCGGAGUCUCUUGCAGUCGAUGUGUGAUAGGGAAAGGCUGUCUAUGGCUGUUAUUGGGACAAUAAGCGGUGAAGGACGUGUUACUCUAGUUGAUAAAUUAGCUAUUGAGAAAUCCCGUUCUAGUGGACUCCCUCUUCCUACUCCUGCUGUAGAUCUUGAGCUUGAUAAAGUUCUUGGCGAUAUGCCACAGAAGACUUUUGAAUUCCACCGGGUUGCAAAAGCUCAAGAGCCCCUUAAUAUUGCUCCUGGGGUCACUGUAUUAGAUGCCUUGAAGAGGGUAUUACGUCUUCCAUCUGUGUGUUCAAAGCGGUUUUUGACAACAAAAGUUGAUAGGUGUGUCACAGGGCUUGUAGCCCAGCAACAAACUGUCGGUCCAUUGCAGAUUACACUUGCUGAUGUUGCUGUCAUUGCUCAGAGUUAUUCAGACCUCACUGGAGGUGCUUGCUCUAUUGGGGAACAACCAAUUAAAGGUUUGCUCAACCCAAAAGCUAUGGCCAGAUUGGCUGUCGGAGAAGCACUCACAAAUCUGGUGUGGGCAAAGGUGACAUCUCUUUCUGAUGUUAAAGCAAGUGGGAAUUGGAUGUAUGCUGCCAAACUUGAUGGAGAAGGAGCUGACAUGUAUGAUGCUGCAACGACACUUUCAGAAGCCAUGAUUGAACUUGGUAUUGCAAUUGAUGGAGGCAAGGACAGUUUGUCAAUGGCUGCGCAUGCAUCUGGUGAGGUUGUUAAGGCACCUGGUAAUCUGGUUAUUAGUACCUACGUCACUUGUCCCGACAUAACAAAAACGGUAACUCCUGAUCUGAAGUUAGGGAAUGAAGGUGUUUUGCUUCAUAUUGACUUGGGCAAGGGAAAUCGGCGAUUAGGAGGUUCUGCCCUUGCUCAAGCUUUUGAUCAAAUUGGAGAUGAAUGUCCUGAUCUAGAUGAUGUUUCCUACCUGAAAAAGGUUUUUGAUGGCGUCCAAGAUCUGAUCACAGAUGAAAUAAUCUCCUCUGGCCAUGACAUUAGUGACGGUGGCUUACUUGUCUGUGCAUUAGAAAUGGCAUUUGCUGGGAAUCGGGGGUUGAUUUUGGACUUGCGGUCACAGGGUAAAGGUCUCUUCCAGACCCUAUUUGCAGAAGAGCUUGGCCUGAUUGUUGAGGUUAGCAGGCAAAAUUUAGACAAGGUAAUGGGAAAACUUAACAGUGGAGGUGUUACUUCUGAAAUUAUUGGUCAAGUAACUGCCUCUCCCAUGGUGGAACUCAUUGUUGAUGGGCAAACUCAAUUUAAAGAAGAAACUACUCUUCUCAGAGACAUGUGGGAGGAUGCCAGUUUUCAGCUUGAGAAGUUUCAAAGAUUGGCUUCAUGUGUGGAGUCAGAGAAGGAAGGUUUGAAAUUUAGACACGAGCCGUUAUGGAAAUUGUCUUUCACACCAUCCUUUACUGAUGACAAAUAUCUCUCUGCAACUUCAAAACCCAAAGUGGCCAUAAUCCGGGAGGAAGGAAGCAAUGGAGACAGGGAAAUGUCUGCUGCACUCUAUGCUGCUGGGUUUGAACCAUGGGAUAUAGCUAUGUCCGAUCUUCUCAAAGGAGCCAUAUCUCUUGGCGAAUUCCGGGGUAUCGUGUUUGUGGGAGGUUUUAGCUAUGCUGAUGUGCUUGAUUCUGCAAAAGGUUGGUCCGCCUCAAUUCGGUUCAACCAGCCUCUACUGACCCAAUUCCAGGAGUUCUACAGGCGACCAGAUACUUUCAGUCUCGGUGUUUGUAAUGGUUGCCAGCUCAUGGCUCUUUUGGGGUGGGUCCCUGGUCCACAAGUUGGUGGUGUGCUUGGUGCUGGUGGUGACCCUUCACAGCCAAGAUUUAUUCACAAUGAGUCUGGUCGGUUUGAGUGCCGGUUCACAAGUGUGACCAUACAAGACUCUCCUGCUAUAAUGCUCCAAGGAAUGGAAGGUAGUACACUGGGAGUGUGGGCAGCUCAUGGCGAGGGGAGGGCAUAUUUCCCUGACGAUGGUGUUCUCGAUCGAGUUAUUCAUUCGAAUUUAGCACCAGUGAGAUAUGCUGAUGAUGAUGGCAAUCCUACAGAAACUUACCCUUUUAAUGUGAAUGGUUCUCCAUUAGGAGUAGCUUCAAUUUGCUCACCUGAUGGGCGGCAUCUUGCGAUGAUGCCUCAUCCCGAACGUUGCUUCUUAAUGUGGCAAUUCCCCUGGUACCCAACCAACUGGAAUGUAGACAAGAAAGGCCCUAGCCCGUGGUUGAAGAUGUUCCAGAAUGCCAGGGAAUGGUGCGCCUGAGGUAGGCUUAGAUUUCUUUUGUUGUUGUCAUUUGCUUGUUCUUCUUGUGCCUCUGCUUACUGAUUUAAUUUCGGUCCUUUUACCAGCAGCAUGUAACCUUCUUAGUCACCACAUAAACUGCAACACACAUGAUUGUUAAAAGCUUUGCCGAAGUUCAUAUGGCGAUGGUGUGGCUGAAUAUCAGAGACUAGUUGGUGCAGCAGUUGGAGAGCUUGAUUUUCGUGUCAUGUUCAUCAAUGUUGAAGGCUGCUUAUGUCAAGUAGAUUCUAUACCGUAUGACAUGUUCUUAUUAGAAACUUUUUUGAUUGAAGAACCAUCUUUUUUACCCGAAUAAGAAUCCUUUCCUUGUCUUUUUUCCAUUAAACAUAUCUUGUAUCGAAUGGAAGGAAUUCUACUGAUGUUUCAGCAGGUCGAUGCAUUUUUUAUUCUAUUGUUCACUUCGUUGCUCUUGCAACAGUACGCUGUACAUAUUUGGUGAUCAUGCGAAUACUGAGAGGCAUUUCGUUCACCCACAGGCUACAGCUGAGUGAUAACUGAUAACUUGUGUAGUUGAUCUGUUCUGGAUGGUGAGAUAUUUAGAAAUUCACUGAAGUUCCGUUUGGUUUGAAACCCAAAACCAUAGUGUACAAUCUACAUUUCUAGUUACAAAAUAUGGAGAUCCAACAAAACUUUGCCCACAUAUGGCGACAAAAGAAUCUCCUGUUAUACAAGCUGAUCUACUGCUUCUGAUCCUGAUGUGGUGCUUCUUCUUAGUUGCCAUUGUUACUGCUGUCAGGCCAACAUGGAAACAACUCAAUGUCAACUCCUUUAAGGAGGUCAUCUAAGCUGCAUGGGGGAGAGUUGCAGAAGGGGUUGUGAUUUUCCCAUCCAUACACAGUGGCAAGCUCUGGGAUCAUCUUGCUGUCAAAAUCUUGAUUUCCAGCCAUUAUAUUUUCGUGAUUCUGUUGGCAGUGUGUGUUUAUAGCAUUUGGAUGUGGAGAAAGCUGUGUUUCGCAGUUUGAGGCAGAAGAACUUGCAUGCAAACUAGUAGAGCUGCCAGCAACCCCAAUGACAGAGUUCAAACCCAUUUGGUGGCUAAGAAUUUCAAUCUCCUGCUGUAAGCUGGAAACCUGCGGACAGACACAUAGGUAAGAUUGGUGGUCUGUGAAGUCCUGUUCCUUUCGAACUCUGAGUGAAAUUCUUCUAGCUGAUUCUUACAGGGAUAUGAUCAUGCAUGAAGAGACAAAGAAAGAGCUUGAAACCUGGUGUUGGAGUGCUAUGAUGUAGGAAACACAGCCAUAUAUUGGAUCCCCCAUGCGAGCUCGGGCCUCAUAAGCAAUAGUCACUGCAGCAUCACCUCGAUAGUUUACAGGUAAGUGAAGUAGUAGCUUUGAAACAUUGCUGGCACCAAAAACUUUGUGCACUGCUGCAAAGUGGGUUGCAGCCUGAUCAUAACUGAAGUAAGGUGCAAAAACGCACUCUUUCAUCAUGCACCUUCUUCUUAGGAACUUGCAUGCACCACAUGAAGAGCCUAGACCUGUCAUUGUUUUCCCACUUUUUUCGUUUUCUAACCUCUCUUCGAGUGGAGGGGGUUUAAACUUUAAACCUUGUACCAAGGGUGGAAUGGAAUUGGUUUAGGAACUUGUGUUAUUUGCUGUUUAUAGUAAGGCUGAGGGGUCGUAUAUCCUUUUUUCUGUACCAAGAGACAUUCUCACUUUUUCACAAAAGUAGGUGUCUUUAGGGUCCCCUUUAUGGGCUACAUUUUUCGAUUCUCAAAUUGGGUAUGCUUUCUUUCUAUAUUAAUGCCUCAAACAAAAGAGCAUUUCUAUUUCAAUAAAAUUCUCUUGUAAAU